AGGAAAACAAAAAUGUCCCUUACUCAAUACAGCCUGUGCAAUUCGGGGUUCAGGAGGAGGGGCAGGGACUGGGAGACGUAAACACUUUUAUUUCUUCAGUUACCCUUUAUUUAACCCGGCAAGAUGAUCCACAGCCUCUUCAUCAUCAACUCUUCCGGGGAUGUGUUCAUGGAAAAGCACUGGAAGAGUGUCAUCCCUCGCUCCAUCUGUGACUACUUCUUUGAUGCUCAGAGGAAAGCCAACAACAAUGAGGACAUUCCCCCAGUGAUCACCACGCCCCACCACUACCUCCUCAGCAUCCUGCGCAGCAACCUCUUCUUUGUCGCUGUCUGCAUGACUGAAGUGCCUCCUUUGUUUGUCAUUGAGUUCCUGCACCGAGUCGUGGACACAUUUGAGGACUACUUCGGGGAGUGCACUGAGUCUAUCAUUAAGGAACAUUAUGUGGUGGUGUAUGAGCUACUUGAUGAAAUGCUGGACAACGGUUUCCCAUUGGCCACGGAAAGCAACAUCCUGAAGGAGCUUAUUAAACCACCCAACAUCCUGCGCACCAUCGCCAACACUGUCACUGGCAAGUCCAAUGUGAGUGCCACGCUGCCCACCGGCCAGCUGAGCAACGUUCCAUGGCGGCGGUCGGGAGUCAAGUACACCAACAAUGAAGCCUACUUUGAUGUGACUGAGGAGGUGGAUGCCAUCAUUGACAAGGCUGGUGGCACUGUGACGGCUGAAAUUCAAGGCUAUAUUGACUGCUGUGUGAAGUUAUCAGGAAUGCCAGACCUCACCCUCACCUUCAUGAACUCUCGACUCUUUGAUGACAUAUCCUUCCACCCAUGUGUCAGACUGAAGCGUUGGGAGUCCGAGAGGGUGCUGUCAUUCAUCCCACCAGACGGAAACUCUCGCCUCCUUUCCUACCACAUAGGCCCCCAGUCAGUAGUGGCCAUCCCUGUGUACAUCCGGCACAACAUUUCCUUCAGGGACGUGGGUGGUGGCAGGCUGGACAUUACUGUGGGUCCCAAGCAGACUAUGGGCCGAGUGGUGGAGGGUGUUGUGUUGGAGAUACCUAUGCCAAAGUGUGUUCUGAAUUGUAACCUCACUGUGACGCAAGGGAAGUACACUUUUGACCCAGUGUCCAAGCUGCUCAACUGGAACAUUGGUCGCAUUGAUCCCACCAAGCUGCCAAACAUGCGCGGCAAUAUCAGUGUACAAAGUGGAUCUCCUCCCCCAGAGAGCAACCCAAUAAUAAAUGUGCAGUUCGUUGUCACACAGCGGGCUCUCUCUGGCCUCAAGGUAAACCGUUUGGACAUCUAUGGGGAGAAAUACAACCCAUUCAAGGGUGUUAAGUAUGUUACCAAGGCUGGUCGCUUCCAAGUGCGGACCUGAGCUCACCAGUGCCUCACCCAUCACCAACAAUUUGCUUUGUUCUGAGUUGACUUACUUUCAGGUUUACUGUCAUACCCAGCCAAGCAUCAUUAGGUGUCCAAGGGCCAAGAUCAUCACUACCAACAUCAUUUUGUUUAAGUGAGAAUGUGUCACCACCAGUGCUAUGCCUAAUUCUCCUGGGAUGUAUUAGGGUACUCAACAAGACUAUCCCUUUCCACCAGGGGCUGAUGGGGCCAAGAGUGUGAAUGAUGUGUGUAUGAGUGUAUGGUGCUUUGUCUGGGCCAUCCCAUAUGUGAUUGAUGACUUAAUAUAUAUAUAUAUAUAUAUAUAUAUAUAUAUAUAUAUAUAUAUAUAUAUAUAUAUAUAUAUAUAUAUAUAUAUAUAUAUAUAUAUAUAUAUAUAUAUAUAUAUAUAUAUAUAUAUAUUGAAAAUAAAGAGCUUAAAUGAAAUGAUAAUGAUAUGAGUUCUUGGACAUGUUAAUGCUAAGCUGGAUGCAAAGGCUGCCCAGUAAAUGAUCUGAGUGUUUGCCUUCAAUUUCUAGGACAUGAUCUGAAGAAAUUUAUUACUGGAUCUGUAUUGAAGUAUUCCAUGACUAUUGUUAUGUAUCCUAUUGUUGUAUGAGUUACAUUUUAAUUAUGUUUCAGUUUCAACUCAUUCUAAGAAAACAUUCCAAAGUGA